AUGGCCAGGCUAAAUGAAGCACCAGUGUCUUCGGAGAGCCUUGAAACUCUUCGUAGGAAGAUGCUGCGACAAAAUAGAGAUCUCGCCAAGUCCAACAAUGUGCGAGCUUUGAGAAUACGAGAGUUGGAGAGCGAAUGCGCUCUCAUGCUCUCGGAGAACCUUGGACUACGAACUCGCAUUCUGGAGCUUGAGAAACAAGUCGAGGAUAAUGAGGGAAGACGCAUAGCUGACCAUGCUUUGGCCAUCAAAGCCAAGUUGGAAGCUCAACUUUCUGACUGGGGGGCUCUCUUGUCUGGCUUGGGACUUGAACCCCCAAUGAAAAGACGUUCUCCUGAAAUCCGGAAUAGCUGGAAGCAACGGAUUAGCUUUGCUGCCAGCAGGCCUAGUCCCUCAAAGCGGAGAUUACGAGACAUAGCCAGGGAUAUUGAAGAGCUCGGUUCCAUUUCUGAGAGCAGGCCCCUGGCCCGGCAAUCCCUCAAUCCUGAGCAAAUACGUGCCCUGCAACUCAAAGCAAACUCUGCAGACCUUGAAAGCCCAUCCAAGCGACGCAUAGAGGAAGAACCUGUCAAGAGCGAUUCUCCAUCCCAACCAACAUUAUCAGAAGCGAAUAUUUCCAGCCCAAGGAGUCCAAUUGUGCCUCCGGUCUUGCUUGCUUCACCAAAAGCCAUCAGGAGAGCCGAGAUUUCCCUUCAGUCACCCGAGAAGAAGAUACAUGAUCCUGCGACCCGCCCUCCAAAACCCUCAACACAACCCGCGUCGCCAGCGCCAGAGACCAUCGCCGCGCCGGCAAAGACUGGAGCUAAACGGAAGUUCUUGCAGGAUGAAUCAGAAAACUUUUCAUCUCGACUUGUGACAAACGAAAACGCGCCUCCUCCGGCAGUAGUGGAAAAGGUCUCUAUUCGAGAAAAAGCUGGAGGUAAGACCUUGAACGAGCUUGCUCAUUUGAGGAAGGAAACCAGAGAGAAACAGACUGCGAGCGGAAACGUGCGCAAGCCACUUUCGAUAAAGAGCACCAAUGAUGAUAUCAGUUCACCGAAGAAAAACUCAAGACCUGUCGUGUUGGAUGAGGUGGUUAUAGCCAAGUCAGACAAGGCCAAGUCGAAGCCGACGAAGGAACGCGCAACGUGCAAGGCCAGGAAUGAAACCGCCACCAAAAAGGAAGCAAUGCCAAUCCCGGAUGCGACAAUUCCAGAAGGCGUUUCGUUGUCAAGGAGUGAACUUACGACACCUGUCACUGAAGCGAUUCUGAUGUCGCCCAAUUCGCCAGAAUCCGCACCAAGAGGGGAUGGAUCUCGAGGAGAUACGCCUCCUCCGGCUGAUAUCUUAUUGAACGGCGAGAGUUCGCGGGCCAGCAGAAGAAGUAGGGCAACUGUCAGCUACGCAGAGCCGAAUCUGAGGGUCAAGAUGAGGCGGCCCACCAAAGAGCUUUUUGAUGCAGUGACAGGGGAGGGUAAAUACGCGCGACGAACGAGCCAAUGCGAACACCUAUCGACCGAUGGAGUCAAGGUUAAGCGCGAAUCCGAUGUCGAGGAUUUGUUAGGGCGCCUUCCUACAGUAAAUACCGAAGCGAACCUUUCGGAACCUGGCAGCACACCCGGCAGUCCGUCAGCAAGGAAUUGCACGACUUCCGACGUCUCCGCGGCGACGAAGGCAGGACGACCUCGUCGGUCAACGGCUCAAUCUAAAGCAGUUAACUAUGCGGCUGAUAUGAGCCUGGAAGUUUAUGAUGAGGAAGGCGGCAUCGUUGAUGUCUACGAAUUUAUGAGCUCAUCGCCGCAAAUCGAUAGUGAAGAGGUUGCAGAGCCAGACAAGCCAAGCCGUCGGCGAGGGGCCACGACUCGCAGAAGGUCAGCAGCAGUAGACAGCGAAAAGACUAUUGGAGCCAAGGAGCGGGGCGCCUCUAGACGACGAAGCAUGAUGGUGUAA